CUCCGAGAGACCGAGAUGCCAAAUGGUGCCUUCGACCUUGAGCAACGUGUCGAGGUCGAGGUCGACGCACGCCUCCGCCGCCUCGUCGCGUUCGCUGACGAGAUGGCAAUGCCGCGGGACGUGAGGGGCGUCGAUGACGUCGUUGCGCGUCUCGUUACGACAGUGGCUCUCUUUGACGACGCCGCGUUGCCGACGCAGAUGCAGCUGUACACGCUGCUACACGCGGCACGUGCGGCCAACGCGAGCAGCCACUCGCAUGAGAUCAACGAGAUGCGCCGGCUUGCAGCGUCCGUGCAGCAUCGUCAUAGGCACGAACACGUGCAGCGCCAAGUUAGCGCGCUCCUCGACCCGGCGCCAUCGCUCGCGUCGCCAACAACGCUGGAAGCUGUCGACGAAGACGAGCGCGAAGAGCGAUGGGACGACCAUGGCCGCUCCGACUACCUCCGACGCAAUGUGCUUGGACUCAAGUAUGCGCCUCGCCACGACUGUGGUGCGUACCGUCGGUUCCCUGGAAGCGACGCCGACAUUUACAAGCGCGUACGGCGUCGGCGCAAAGACAAGCUCGUGGACGACGAGUGUCGGCGCUUGGCGCGACUCAACAAGCAGCCGCCGCUCCAAGGUCAUUGGAUGUACGUCGAAGCAACGGAUGUGACGAGCCACUACGUCACCGUCGACGACGCGACAUAAAUGACAUAUUGAGAUUUACAUGCGGAA